CGGACCCAGGUGGAGAAGCCAGUCUGAUGCCUGCCACGGAAGCCAUCACCCGGGUCAGACAUGAAGCAUGUGUGUCAGAUUCUUGCCCUCUGGAUCUUCUCGGUGCUCCUCUUGUGUCUGAUGAUCCGCUGCCUGGAUCGGAAACCUGAAUCGGCACCCCAGGAAAAACUGACAUACUUGGUACCAUGGUGUGGCAACUGCCUUUGGUUCAAGUGCAAGAAGUGUGGCAGCCCAGCUGGGACCCUCAACUACUCCCUGUACCACCACACAGUCAGAGAAGCAAACUGCUUUGACGCAUGCUAUGAGAAGACGAUGGGGUCCCUGAUGAGGACAACAGAAUCCGUGACCCCCAGUGCUGUGCUCUGGUGGUUGGGCAUGAGCUCAGCAAGCGAGCUGGGCAAAGUGUGGGAGAAGCUGUUCAAGGUGAUUCCCAGACUCUCAGUGAGGCAUAAUGAUCUGUAUUGUGGGUCUUGUGUGCUGGUGGGGAACUCAAAGGUCCUGCAAAGGGCUUCUGGCCUCAGCAACAACGUCACCCAACACACCACAGUCUUCAGGGUGAAACCGGCCCCUGUUCAGCGCUUCAAGGCAGUAGGGAAUGAAACCAUAGGCUUCAGCUGCCGUGGGAAUGCUGGGGCCCAGGGUUCCUGGAGACAGCUGCUGCUGCUUCUCCUGAAGCUUUCGGGUCUGGCAUGGACUUCAGAUGCUCUGAGUCAGGAGAUUUUGGAAGAUGACUUAGUUCCCUAGUGAAAUGGAAGAUAGCAAAGACAAGGAUGCCCCUUUUGGAUUUGGAUCAGAGAAGCAAGGAAAGUGAGAGGAUGUUAAUCAGAACAAUGGCCCUAAGGAGGUUACCACCUAGCACAGAAGCAGAAGUGGGAGUCAGCCAGUGUGUGGUGGGCAAGCUCACCGUCCACAUGUGAUGCCCUGCCGGUCCACACAAGUCCUAGUCCUUUGGUCCUGAAAGCAGGAGAAUUUUGAGAUUUUAGCAGCAACAGUAGAACUAUGAGGACUUUCAGAGCUGAAGGGCAAGAGGAAAUUGUGCGGACAUCAGUCGGGUACUGAAUAAAAUCCUGGUCAGAUUCUCUUACCUGUGAGGACAGUGUCAGGGGAGGAAGGGCCUGACUUGACCUCCGGAUCUCGGGCAAUAUUUCUGUGGCUUUGUCUGCCAGAGUUCCUGGAUCAUGCAGAUGGUGUAAAUUUAGACCCAACUCCAUGGUUGGGUUUAAAGCCCUGACUCAGUUCUUGGGGAGGCUCUUUCCCCACAGGAUAAAAGAAAUGAGCCUCCUUAUUUCAUCCUAUGCUGGAGGGUGAAUUUUUUUCUGGCUCAGCUCUUCGCUGGAGGUUGAGUGUUUUGUAGGGGCCUCCGUUCCAAUUCUCUGCUGCCCCUGGACUCAGGCUCCUCUGCCCACAUGGGCACUGAACUCCUGAAUUCCCAGGCAGCCACUAAGGCAGCUCAAGGGCUCCCCUCCCUCCCUCCC